GACUAAUCCCAUGGAAAACAUAAACAAUGUAACUGAAUUCAUAUUCUGGGGUCUUUCUCAGAACAUAGAAGUGGAAGAGAUAUGUUUUGUGGUGUUUUCAUUCUUCUACACAGUCAUUCUUCUGGGAAACCUCCUCAUCAUCCUGACAGUUUGUGUGGGCAACCUGUACAAGUCUCCCAUGUAUUUCUUUCUCAAUUAUUUGUCUUUUGUGGACAUCUGUUACUCUUCUGUUACAGCUCCUAAAAUGAUUGUUGACCUGUUAGCCAAGACUAAAACUAUCUCCUAUGUGGGGUGCAUGUUGCAACUCUUUGGGGUCCACUUCUUUGGCUGCACAGAGAUCUUCAUCCUUACCGUAAUGGCCUAUGAUCGUUACGUGGCUAUCUGUAAACCUUUACACUAUAUGACCAUCAUGGAUCGGGACAGAUGCAACAAAAUGCUGCUGGGGACCUGGGUGGGCGGGUUUAUACACUCUAUCAUCCAAGUGGCCCUGGUAGUCCAAUUACCCUUUUGUGGACCCAAUGAGAUUGAUCACUACUUUUGUGAUGUUCACCCAGUGUUGAAACUUGCCUGUACAGACACCUAUGUUGUUGGGGUUGUUGUCACAGCCAAUAGUGGUACAAUAGCUCUGGGAAGCUUUGUUAUCUUGCUGAUCUCCUAUACUGUCAUCCUAGUGUCCCUGAGAAAGCAAUCAGCAGAGGGCAGGCGCAAGGCUCUCUCCACAUGUGGCUCACAUAUUGCUGUGGUCAUCAUCUUUUUUGGCCCCUGUACCUUCAUGUAUAUGCGCCCUGAUACGACCUUUUCAGAGGAUAAGAUGGUGGCUGUAUUUUAUACCAUUAUCACUCCCAUGUUAAACCCCCUGAUAUAUACAUUGAGGAAUGCAGAGGUAAAGAAUGCAAUGAAGAAACUCUGGAACACGAAAGUUUAUUGAGGAACUAGUGGCAAAUCACUGGAAAAAAUAAUCAAAACU